AACAUCAACGCUCAUGCAACUACGCAAAUAUAGGACAAUCUACAUUGAAUCUCUGAAACACCAUUUUCAAUAGGACGUACCCUCUGUCACGAUGUGGUUCGACAUGCUGGCUAGACUUGAAGUUGCUAAUAGUUAACGAAAGAGAGGAACCCGCAUGUUGCUUGGGCUGCCAAGGAUUAUCACGUCGGCAAGACUGAAUGAACUUUUCGAAAACGAAUUGCAACAAUGAAUUCGGUGACUCUGCUCAAAGAAUCUGUUGCUAAAUGUCUGUUGUCGUGUCAAUCGGUGAAGCUGUCACCGAAACCCACUGCCGGGGAGCAUGAUACCUACCCCUCACCCAGAUUGUCGGCACUGCUUCCGAGAUAACGGCUUUUACCCGAGUGGUAGCCCAAUGAUCGUCAUCCAAACCACAAAACGGCAUGUUCUGUCUACCGAAUUGAACACAUGGGAAAGGCAAGUCUAUUUAUCUCGACAGGAUGUUCCCAAGAAGGCUAUCGGCGCUUCAGUCACUCCGUUUCGUGCGCUGGUCGUCAACCUUUUCCCAAGGCUUGUCAGGUCUUAAGAUCAACUCCGAUCGUCUCCAAGAAACGAUUCACCAUACCUGCCAAUGGGGAGCGGCUCAUCGAUAUGGCAGGGGCUCAAAUGAAACUGGCAUGGCCCGGCUGACUCUCUCGGAUGAAGAUGCCGCCGCGAGACGAUGGUUCAUAGAAGAGACGCAGAGGCUUGGCUGCGAUGUCAAAGUUGAUCAGAUGGGCAACAUAUUUGCCAGGAAAAGAGGAUCGCUGGGCUCCAAACUGCCCAUGACCGCCAUGGGCAGCCACUUAGAUACCCAACCACAAGGCGGUAGAUACGACGGUAUACUGGGCGUCAUUGCCGGUAUCGAAGCACUUAGAACGAUGAAAGAGAAUGGCUAUCACUCUAAAUUCGAUAUUGGGGUUAUCACUUGGACAAAUGAAGAAGGCGCCAGGUUUCCUGGCACAACAGUCUCCUCCAAAGUCUGGGCAGGAGAAAUACCAAUACAAAGGGCUUGGGAUCUGAGAGAUGUUUCAGAUCCCUCCAUCACAAUGAAGUCAGAACUCGAGAGACACGGAUACCUAGGGAAAACCCCGUGUACGGCAACUCAUGGUUACCCGCUAGGGGCGCACUUUGAACUACAUAUCGAACAAGGUCCUUUGUUGGAAUCCAGAGGGAGAAAGAUCGGAGUCGUCCGAGGCGUGCAAGCCUGCAGAUGGCUCACUUUUACCGUAGUCGGCCGAAGUGCCCACUCGGGUACGACGCCUUAUUCGGCAAGAAAAGAUCCCCUGCUAGCUGCGGCGAAGAUGAUUGCGACCUCGAACGAGCUGGCCCAGAAAUCCGGGGCUUUCGUGACCACAGGAGUCAUCAAAGUUCCUCCGGGAUCAUCGACCAACGCAGUUGCUUCAAGGGCAACGUUCACAGUGGAUAUUCGCCAUCCAGAUGAUAAGGCCAUCUCUGAGGUCCAAGAACAAUGCCUCGCCUUCUUCCAGGAGAUCUCACGCGAGAAUGGCGUGGAGCUGAGCUGGAGCAUUGAUGUGAAUUCGCCAGCCACCACUUUCGAUGAGGACUGCGUGUGGGCCGUCGAGACGGCGGCGAAUGGUAUCGUGGGCCACGACGGCUGGCUUCGCAUGACGAGCGGAGCGACGCAUGAUAGUGUCAAUACGAGCAAACACUGCCCGACUACUAUGAUCUUCGUACCUUGCAAAGAUGGAGUCAGUCAUCAUCCAGAGGAGUAUUGUAGCCCGGAGAAUUGCGCCUUGGGAGCGCAGACUCUACUUGAAUCUGUCAUCAUUUACGACAACAUGAGACACGAAAACGUUCAAUAACUGCCAGUGCUGAAAUUCCACCCAGAAUCUAUUGCUCAUAUUCCUGCGAGUAACCUCACUUGAAAGUCUUGAUAGUUCAGCGUUUACCAAUCCACUCAAUCCUAAUCCCCUGGGGCAUGCAGAUGAGGUACAAAUGAGUUGGGAAGUUUGAGACAUCUUUAGCAAUCCCGCGCGGAGAUUUCGACAUGCUGCGCGAUCCCCCAGCUUCUACAGACUAUGUUCAACCAAGUCCCAUGUACUCUGCGUAUAGAAUCCUAUGGUAUUCAUCACACUGACUCGUAAUCCUUUUCAGUCAGUUCAGAGGAGGUUUCACUGUCUCUUUUUUAGAAAAUGUGAGAACCUGUAUAAGUAGCUUUCAGGCAUAUCGAUCCUUCGGCCUUGAGCGCGACGCGAUUUAAGAGGACGUUGUCAGUUGCUCA